CGGGUUGCGGUGGCCUCUAGGUGGGUGACGCAUACUGUGUCCAAGCAGAUACGGCGAGUACCACAACGACCACAAGUACAGACAGUGGAACUGUCACUCCUCCGGCACCGACGCAAUCUGGCAUCGUCGCUAACUGCCAGGAAUAUUAUGUUGUUAAAGCUAACGAUACCUGCGCGACUAUUGCGUCGGCGUAUAGAAUUACUGUGUCCUAGUUCGAAGCGUGGAAUCCAGCUAUUAGAGGUAAAGUUGAUCAUCCGUAAUAACGCCUUCCUUCAUCUACUAACAUCUCAAUUUCCAGCCGAUUGCGGCGGCCUUUGGCUCGAAGAAGCCUAUUGCGUGAAAGCCGUGACCGCUAGUUCUAUAACGACUUCAGCUGCAUCUAGUGUGACUGCUCCAGCACCCACUCAAUCCGGGAUCCUAACAACCUGCAACGCCUACGAUGUUGCCAAAGAUGGCGAUGGAUGUGAGAUAUUUGCCUCUUGUAAUAGGAUUACCGUUUCUCAGCUUUACACAUGGAAUCCCGCUCUUAACAAUGCCUGCCAAAACUUCUGGUUAGGUGAAGCCUAUUGCGUUGGUGUAUCAUCCUAA